CACAGAUUCGGUGACACCACAGCUCCACCAGCAAAACAUGCCCGACCAGCCCCUCUGAAUGAAUGGAAGGUUUGACGUGUUAACAAGCUAACAGGCUAACAGCUAGCAGCGUCUCUCAGCAGCAAAGUCCGGAUCCAGUAGAGGACUCCUGGUCCGACCCGGUCUGACCCGGUCCCGACCCGGUCCCGACCCGGUCCCGGCAGCAUGCAGGCGGAGUUCCGGGCUCCGCGGAGACGCACCCGGGUCCGUGAGGAGUACGAGGCUCCGCUGCCGGUGAGCCGCAGUCCGGAGGAGAGGAGCGACUUCCGGGCGGAGCUCAUCAACCAACACGUGCUGGUCUGUCAUCCAGACCACAUCCGGAAGAUCCACAACCAGGGUUACUUUGGUAAAGGCAUCCUGUCCAGAGCCAGACCGGACCACAGCAUCUCUGACCAAUGGGAGCAACACGAAGGUUUGUUUCUACCGGUCAUCUCACAGUCCAGGUAUGAUGAACUCCUGAGGUGGGCGGGUUCAGCUCUUUCUGCUCAGGGAUUGGAUGAAGAAGCUGUCAAUCAAACCCUGCUAAACCUCUCUAAGCCAGUAGAGAUGGAAGAUGUGAGAGGGGUGGAGGAGCCAGGACCAAAGGAGGGAGCCUGUUCCCACACAAAGAGGCUGCGGCCGGGGUCAGAGGUCAGGCCAGAGGCCAAAAGAAGCUGCAGGUUGGGCCCACAAGACCACGACCCUGAUCCCAGCUCAGACCACGACUCUGACCUAGACCCUGACCCUGAUCCCAGCUCAGACCAGGAAUCUGACCUAGACCCUGACUCCAACUCGGACUCUGAUCCUGAUCCUGAUCCUGAUCCUUUGGUUCCAGGUCCUGGUUUCGUCCUGGUGUUCCCUGACAGUGAGGUUUGUGGGGGGGUCAGGGAGGUCCGGCGUACUCCGAUCUCUCUCACAGAGUGCCUGCAACUCAGUCUGGAGGAGGCCUUCUUCCUGGUCUACAGUCUGGGCUGUCUGUCUGUCUACCUGCACCAGGAGCCCCUGUCAAUCAUCCAGCUGUGGAGGAAGUUCCGGUCCCUGCGGCCUGACUUCGUCAGCUCGUUCGCGGCCUAUCAGCACUGUCGAAGCAGGGGUUGGGUCCCUAAAGGAGGAGGCGGGGCCAAGUACGGCGUUGACCUCAUGUUGUAUAGGAAAGGACCACCCUUCUACCAUGCCAGUUAUUCGGUGGUAAUUGAGCGGGUUGAUGGUGAAUUCAGGGGCUCCACAUUGCGUCCGUUUUCGUGGCGUUCUCUGGCGGCUCUCAGUAGGAUCACCUCCAACGUCUCUAAGGAGCUGAUGUUGUGUUACAUCAUCUAUCCAGCCGACCUAUCAGAAGCUGAGCUGGACUCACCGGCCUGUCUGAGCAGACUGAAGGUUCAGGAAGUGAUUGUCAGCAGGUGGGUUUCUUCCAAAGAGCGAACGGAGCAGGAUGACAUCUGACUGGCUGACAGGAGACUUCCGAAACUGAUGAUGUCAAAGAGUGACGUCACAAAGAGACAGAGCUAAAAAUGGAUAAAGGAUAGGAGAAUAACAUUUUUGUCAUGAGAGUCAGGAACAACAUGAAGAGUUUGAAAGCUCAGAUGUCUGAGUGUCCCUGAUGCCAGCAUGAAUCCUGACAGGGAGUUCCAGACCAGAUAUGUGUGUGGUGCUGCUGCAUGUUGUUACUUAAAAACAACAAUAAACAAUAAAUGUAUGAAUCAAAGAGCUGCA